UUGCCUUGCCAUCAUCCCAUCCGAACUUCCGAAGCUUCCAGAGCGCCGCGGCGACUGCGAAACAACACGGAGCAAAGCGCCGCCGCCGCCGUCGCCGUCGCCGUCGCCGCCGCCGCCGCCCGGACAGCUCCCCGGCCGCGCGCAGCUCCAUGGCCGCCAAGUGGGCCCAGAAGACCGUCGUCAUCCCCGCCCAGCGCCGGGGCUGCCACCUCGUCACCCCGAAGAUUCUGAGGGAGAUCGAGGGCGACCUGUCCGGGUUCAAGUGCGGCUUGGCGCAUCUGUUCUUGCAGCACACAAGCGCUUCACUAACCAUAAAUGAGAACUACGACUCUGAUGUGCAAGCUGACACCGAAACUUUCCUUAACCGGAUUGUACCAGAGGGCCGAUCUGCUCCUUGGAAGCACACUCUAGAAGGCCAGCCUCCUCUUGUCAUUGCUCGUGGAGGGUUCUCUGGCUUGUUUCCAGAAUCAAGCCAGUUCUCGUACCAGUUUGCAAUGUCAAGUAGCUUGCAUGAUGUGGUUCUGUACUGUGAUCUGCAAUUAUCCAGUGAUGGUUUGGGCUUCUGCAAAACUGGAUUGACAUUGGAGAACUCGACGCUCAUCGCCGAAGUCUUCCCUAACAGGGCCAAGAAAUACAAGGUGAAUGGAGAAGAAAUCCAUGGGUGGUUUUCUUUGGAUUUCACCUCAGAUGAGCUGUAUCAGAAUGUCACAUUGAUCCAGGACAUCUUUUCUCGCCCAAGCACAUUUGAUGGAGCCAUGGGAAUGUUCGCGCUUGAAGAUCUUGUCGGACUCCGCCCCCCUCACAUUUGGGUUAACGUAGAGUAUGGUUUAUUUUUACAGGAGCACAAAUUAAGUCCUGAAGACUACAUAUUAGGAUUACCAAAAGAUUUUAGCAUCGCUUACAUCUCCUCACCAGAAAUUGCGUUCUUGAAAAACCUGGGUGGAAAGCUCAAGAAAGGCAACACCAAGCUAAUUUUCCGGUUCCUCAGUGAAGAUGAAGCUGAGCCUACUACCAAGAAAACCUAUGGAGAGAUGUUGAAAGACCUGAAAUCCGUCAAGGCCUUUGCAACAGGGAUUCUUGUUCCCAAGGAAUACAUUUGGCCAUUGAGCAAGGACCAGUAUCUGCAGCUGCCUACUAGCUUGGUUAAGGAUGCACAUGCCCUUGGGCUUGAAGUGUUUGCCUCUGGAUUUGCCAAUGAUGUCUCCAUGAGCUACAACUACAGCUAUGAUCCCAGUGCAGAGUACUUGCAGUUCAUAGACAACCCAGAAUUCUCCGUCGACGGCUUGAUAACGGACUUCCCUCCCACUGCAUCUGGAGCUGUUGCGUGUUUAGCGCAUACUAAGGGCAAUCCUCUUCCUCCUCCUGGUGGGGAUGGAGGCAGGCCACUGAUCAUAACCCACAAUGGCGCGAGCGGCGUGUACCCGGGCAGCACGGACCUUGCCUAUCAGCAGGCGGUGAAAGACGGCGCUGACAUCAUUGACUGUGCGGUCCGGAUGUCGAAAGACGGCGUGGCCUUCUGCCUGGCGUCUGCAGACCUCAGCACCAGCACCACGGCGUCGGCCAGCUUCAUGACCAAGAUCUCCACCGUCAGUGAAAUUCAGAACAAGUCGGGUAUCUUCUCGUUUGAUCUCACGUGGAGCGAGAUCCAGACCUUGAAACCCGAUCUUCUUGGUCCGUACACCCAAGCUGGCCUGAAGAGAAAUCCGAAGGCCAAGAACGCCGGCAAGUUCGUGACGUUUCCUGAGUUCCUCGAAUUAGCCAAGGCCACCAAUGUCUCGGGCAUCCUGAUCGAGAUGGAGCACACUUCGUACCUGGCGAAGCGAGGGCUGGGGUUAGUGGAGGCGGUGACCGUGGCGCUGGCGAACGCGAGCUACGGCAAGGAAGGCGCGAAGCUGCCGCAGGUGAUGAUCCAGUCGGACGACACGUCGGUGCUGGCGGAGUUCAAGAAGUUCCCGGCGUUCCUGCGGGUGCUGGUCGUCGGCGAGACCAUCAGCGACGCGUCGGGCCCGUCGGUGGAGGAGAUCAGGGAGUUCGCCGGCGCCGUCACCGUCGGCCGCAGCUCCAUCGCGCAGGUCAACGGCUUCUUCCUCACGCGCUUCACCGACGUCGCCGAGCGGAUGCACGCCGCCAACCUCACCGUCCACGUUGGCGUGCUCCGGAACGAGUUCAUGAACCUCGGCUUCGACUACUGGGCCGACCCCACCGUCGAGAUCGCCACCUACACCUCCUCCGUCAUGGCCGACGCCCUCGUCACCGAGUUCCCCGCCACCGCCGCCGCCUACUUCAGGAGCCCGUGCAGCGACCUGAGCAAGAACCUGAGCUACACGAUCCUGCCCGCGAACGCCGGCGCGCUGGUGCAUCUGGCCGCACCGGGGGCGCUGCCGCCGGCGCUCCCGCCGGCGCCGGUGCUGGAGCCCGCGGACGUGCUGGACCCGCCGUUGCCGCCCGCGUCGGCGACGGCGUCGGCGCCUGGGGCUGAACCAUCUCCUGGUGGUGGGGAAGAUGCGAGUGGGACAAUCGAUGCAAUGGAAGUGAGAUCUGGCAGCCCUGCUGCUUCUUUCCUUGCAAAAGUGGCGCUCGCCGUGGGUGUGGCAGCCACGGCUACUGUGGUUUCACUCUUCAUCAUGAAGCAGCCUUCUUCAUCAGGUCCAUCAUUCAGUUUGCCGCAAAUUGUUGAUGCAUCGGCGGCACCGGAUGCGGCGGCGACUAUGGGAUAUACGUUUUCACUGUUUGGGAAGAAAGUCAUAAUUCCAGAAUUUACUCCAGGGUGGGUUUACUUUUGGUUGCUCAUGGCUGCUGGAUUUGGACUAUUUAUUAGUGAAGAAGCUUUAAAUGUUUGGGUUGGGAUUUCUUUAGCACGCAGCCUUUGUUUGGAUGGAACCUGGCCAUCUCUUGUUAACUCAUUCUCAACGAAUGCAUCUUACAUAAUUUCCACAGUGUUAUGGGUUUACUGGGGCGUUUGUAUUAGUGAUAUGGUCCCAUUCUAUCUAGGUAAACUUUUUAGGCAAACAAAAGCAUCUGAAGACAUAAGCAGUAAGAUUGGAAUUGGGAAGGAGAAAGCGCUAAGCAUAUCACGUGCGGUGCAAAAGUAUGGCAACCUAAUUGGCUUUGUUGAGCGAUUUUCAGUUGGUGUUCGCAACCCUACAGGAUUUCUAGCUGGCGCAUUGGGCAUACCAGCAGACUGUUAUUUUGCUGGAGUUUGCUGUGGUUGUCUAUUUACUCUUCCUAUCCAGUUAGCUGUCGGUUUUUUCCUGAGAGAAAGGCCUGUCGUUGCACUCGCAAGUGUUGCAGCAGCUGUGGGGAUGUGGACGGUGUUUCCUUAUGCAGCAGCUGCAUGCACAGCAUUGUUCUUCUACCUUAGUCGUCGCAAAUCCAGUGAAUGAAUGUGGUGAUCAUCUUUUUUAUCCCCUGAUGUACAACUAUGUUACUUUCUAUGCUAGCUUCUGAAGAUCUAUGAAAUGUAGAAAAAUCCUUUGGUUUAGAAAGCCACGUAGAUGUCUGCCACAUCCUUGUCCCUGUAUAGAACAAGCAUUCUUCUUAAACCAUUUUGGAAAUGAAUUAUAAUUUAUUUAUGAUCCCUCAUGAGAA